AUGUAGCCGAGAUAAAUUUUGUUUUAUUUUAUUUUGGUCAUUUAUUCACAUUACUUUCUAUGGUGAACUCCCCCCAAAUAGUUUUCUAUUGUAAAAAGGUUCCACGUUGUUAUUUUCCAUUAUUUACCUUUUUGUUUCCCUGGGGAGUACUUUGGCGUUGCACCUGUGUCCAGCUGCGGAAUAAAUCCUCCAGAACUCAACUCCUGUGUGUGUGCGCCUCACUCAAUAAAACACAACGCAGAAGAUCAUCGGUUUCAGGGUUGACAUCAGGACUCGUGCCCAUUGGAGAGAUUGCACCCGCUGGCUAUUGUCGUUGGCAUCCUAAUCAGCCAGGUUGCACUAGUGGAUAAGGCGGCCAGACGUUCCCUGACUCUCGUUGGUCUGGGAGGGAUGUGCUGCUGUGCGAUCACCGUGUGGACAGUGGGCCUCGCUUUCCAGAAUCCAUUCCUACACAGACUGCAACUCACUCUCCACUCCUGCUUUGGGCAAACAUCAGCCAGCCACUGGAGGCUUGGCUGGGCUGUUAUGUGUUCAACAUUUUUGCAGUGCUGCUUCUUGGUUUCACCGUGUUCACUUACCCUCGGGUCCCCGAGAACAAAGGGAAAACGUUUGAGGAGAUCGCCGCCAUCUUCCAGAAGGGACGGAAGGAGCUGGCGAAGAAGAAGAAGUCAUGACAUUCCUCCCGCCACUCCCUGUCACCUGAGCCUGUUCCUGCCCCUGCUGGUACAAAAGCUCCACGUAUGUCAAGUGACUUCAUUUUCUCUUGGUGCUAGCAGGACUAAAGAGUGCAUCAUGGGAGAUGAUUCAUUUGAUAUCGCGGACUCCGGGGCUUCUCUGACAUACCCCAUGCAGUGCUCUGCGUUGAGGAAGAAUGGCCAUGUCAUGCUGAAAGGACGUCCCUGUAAGAUAGUUGACAUGUCUACCUCAAAGACUGGCAAGCAUGGAGAUGCCAAGGUUCACCUUGUUGGAGUCGACAUCUUUACUAAAGAAAAGUAUGAAGAUAUAUGCCCAUCUACCCACAACAUGGAGGUCCCAAAUGUAACGAGGAAGGACUACCAGGUAUUGAACAUCUCGGAUGGUCUCCUGAGUCUCAUGGAUGACACUGAAGAUAUCAGAGAGGAUCUUAAACUGCCAGAAAAUGAAAUGGGCAAAGAAAUUGACACCCGGUUUGCACAGGAUCAAGAGUUUAAGAUCACUGUGCUCGAGGCUAUAGGUGAAGAGCAAAUAGUUGCCGUAAAGUAAUUCAAGUAACUAAUUGAGGAUAACGCUUGGAGACCUCACAUCCUUACAUUGUCAUCCUUUGCCAUGGUUUUCAAGCGUCACCAAAGCUCAGCCCACGUUUACACAGCAUUGGUAAAAGUUGAGUUGCUGUGUUUGUCCAACUAUAAUCAUAGCUUUAUGUAAGUGCUUGGAAAUGUAGUGAAUGCUGGUCAAAUGAAAUCUUAAACUCUGGACUGACUGUAUUCCCCGCAAUCACCAAAGUUAAUGAGCAAAUGCAUCUUCGUUUUGCAGGUAGUAAUAUUAUUCUAGGAAUUUUUAAAAUUCCUUUUUAGAAAUUUACAUUUAAAGUUGUGGUUAGUAGUUGGUAGCAUCAUUAAAUUUACUCCGCACUUCAGGUGCUAAUUGAAUCUGAACAAGCCUGAUCUUGGGUGAUCUUGGGUGGUGGUGUGAAGCCAUUUUACUUUUUGUUUUUCUGUCCAUUGAGACCUUUUGUGGAGGAAGGGAAUGUUUUGGGGUGUUACCACGGAUUUAAAUUUGAUGUUAAGGAUUUGCAGAGUCUACACUUUGACAUGGAUUGUAACUUUUGUAAAAAAAAAGAAAAAAAAAAUAGAGAAAAAAGGGUGAUUUUCUGUUAACAUUUCUUAACAUUUUGUUCAUUGACCAAGAGUAAUGCACUUGUAUUGAGAAUGGCUCCCAAGUCUGGAUUCUUCUUGCCUAUUUUGACAAAAGCCUUUGUCAGAAAUUCAUAUUGAGAAUUUAUAUCAUCAACCAGGUCAAGUGUUUGGUCAAUUAACUUUUGAUUGAGCAGUUUAGUAAAAACGUUACUCCUCUGUAGUCAAAUUUGCACGUUAUUUGCUCAGACAACUGAAAAUGUGCCGGAGAACUAAAUGAUGCUUCACUACUUCAGGCUGCUGUUCCUCAAACUUAUUGCAUCAUUCUCUGUUCCCACUGAGUUACUAAGCAGGUCUAGCCUCUGAUUUGUAGCACAAAUUGCCACCAUCUUGACAGUGAUCCUCUGCUGUAAACUGUUCUCCGUGUGUGUCUGACCGAUGAUUACACUGUAAGGGCUUGAUCACAUGUUUGUGUGUGUGUGUGUGUGUGUACAUGUCCAUAGUCCUGGUCCUAUGAAAUGAGGGUUAGGUCAUCCCACCCAUCCUGUUCCAGUAGCAGGGAUUUCUUACCAGGAGACUUUUUGUCUUUUGCUUUUAAGCGGACUUCCUCUCUUAACCUCAAACAAUUGUCAAUGGAACCUAUGUUUUCUUGUGACCAAAAGGAGUGUGCCAUUAAUUGGACUGGAAGGUGGUCUUGUCCUUGUCAGCUUCACAUGCAGAUCUGGGUGUGCAGCAAACGGUUAAAUUGAGUGUUAUUAGUUAUUUUCUCAGGGCUUCAAACUGACUGUUCAGACAUGUGUUACUUAAAUUGUGUCAGUAGUGAGGAUGGGUAUUUAGUGUUUUUUUGUUUGUUUUUGUUUUUAAAGAAUUAUUAUUAUUUUUUUUAAAUUUUCUGUCCUCCACUGAGUCUCUGUUUAUGGUUUAAAUGCUGCUUAAUUAUACUUGCAACAAUGGGGUUUAUUUUAUGUUUUAGAAUAGGUACAGUGUGUUAUGAUACCACAGUAAGUUGGUCUUGUAGCUCAUGAAUUCUGACGUUGGCACAGGUUUUAGGUGGAAUCUGACCUUGAAUCACUUCUGGAGCAUAAAGAUGCAAAGACUUCUCUCCUAACAAAUGUAUGGCUGCUGUCUUGAUUAUCACAACUGUCUUAUUUGUUCUGUGUAGGCAAAAUAAAGUUACUAGCACCAAGAAA